UGUUCUUGUUUAAUUGUUCUGUCAGUUACAAAUAUAAAACGUCAUGGAACAAACGCAAGAAAAAAAGCGUCAGCCUAUCUGAAGUGAUGGAACCUUAUUUUCGCUCAUUUUUUACAAUGCAACAGCAUCUUUAGAUACACGAUUUAAUAUCAAUUUAUUUCAUAAUGGAUCCCGGUGUGGGGGAGUGUGAGUUAGCCGAGAGGGACCCGGGGUUGUGCGUGUGCAAGGAGGGACCGACACUCGACAUCCUCAAGGACAUUCAGCGUCUGUAUGAGGAGAAGUUGGAACAGUUAGACAGGGCCUGUGGCAUUACUAAAAUGCAGCAACAAGUGGAUCUACUUCGGUCCUGGGUGAGUGACCUGGUGGGCCAGAACACACUGCUGGCGCGGGCUGUGGAGGAGCUGGAGACGGAGGCCACCACCAAACUUAUGAUGGAACGCCAGAAGAACAGCGAGAGAGGUUCGAAGAACAUAAUAUGCAGCAAAGUAUCGGAACUGAAGCUGUUAAACGAGUCGCUGCACAAGGAGAACAUGGCCAAGGAAAGAGAGAUAAGACAGCUGAAUAAAGAUGCUCAAGCAUACGAGCAGACCAUCAUGAACCUUAGGAAGGAGAUGUCAAGCUGCAAGUAUCACAGGCCAGAGGUGCCGAAGAAGGAUGCCGAGGUGAUGGCCGGCAUGUGCUGCACGGGGACUGAGUGCCCUGGAGCUGAGCCGAGGACUUCGACUCCUAACGUGAGCUGCGCGCCGCUGUGCGGGGUCGCCUCGUCCACGCCAAACAUAUCCUUCAUAGAAAGAUCCUGUUCAGUCUCGGCUCUGGUGUCUGAUUCCUCGAUAGCAGACCUAGAGUGCCAUUUCCAGAAACACAACGCUUCGUUCUCGAAAGACCAGUCAAACAAUACUGUCUUCUGCACUCCAAGGGGAUCUCUAAAGACUACGCGUUGUAAUGAUUCCAAGAAUUCUUCCUGUCAGGCUUCUCCUAGAGAGUGCUCGUUCGAGUCUCCCCGAGAUUGUCCCUGGCAAGAAUCAACCCCAGGUUGUCCCCUGCAAGGGUCUCCUCGACGUUGUCCCAACCAAGAGCCCAGCUGUCCGGGCCAGCGUCCUCCACCGUGUCAAAAAGAGCCCAGUUGUCCGGCCCAGCGUCCACCACCGUGUCAAAAAGAGCCCAGCUGUCCGGCCCAGCGUCCACCACCGUGUCAAAAAGAGCCCAGCUGUCCGGGCCAGCGUCCACCACCGUGUCAAAAGUCUGCAGAUUCAAGUCGAUGCUGUGGAGAAGGUGGCUACCAACGAGGACUAUUGAAUUUUGCCCAGCGCGAAUGUCCCGCCAAGCGAAAAAAUAAACAAGAUUGUAAAUGUAAUAAAGACAAGGUUGAUUGUAAAUGCCAUAAAGAAGAGAUCUUCUGUAAAAAAUGUCAUAAAGAGAAGGUGCACUGUAAAUGUCCUAAAGAAGAGAUCUUCUGUAAAAAAUGUCAUAAAGAGAAGGUGCACUGUAAAUGUCCUAAAGAGGAGAUCUUCUGUAAAAAAUGUCAUAAAGAGAAGGUGCACUGUGAAUGUCCUAAAGAGGAGAUCUUCUGUAAAAAAUGUCACAAAGAGAAGGUCCACUGUAAAUGUCCUAAAGAAGAGAUCUUCUGUAAAAAAUGUCAUAAAGAGAAGGUCCACUGUAAAUGUCCAAAAGAGGAGAUCUUCUGUAAAAAAUGUCAUAAAGAGAAGGUGCACUGUGAAUGUCCUAAAGAGGAGAUCUUCUGUAAAAAAUGUCAUAAAGAGAAGGUCCACUGUAAAUGUCCUAAAGAAGAGAUCUUCUGUAAAAAAUGUCAUAAAGAGAAGGUCCACUGUAAAUGUCCUAAAGAAGAGAUCUUCUGUAAAAAAUGUCAUAAAGAGAAGGUCGACUGUGAAUGUCCUAAAGAGGAGUUUAAUUGCGAAUGCGUUGAAGAGAUAUACUUUAACGAUGAAGCCAAGAGUUGUUGUUCGAGUCCUAAGAGCUGCUACACCGACCGCUCGGAGGAACGGAGGUGCAACCAAACGCCGUCGGAGUUUUUCUGCCAACUACGGAAAGGCCUGAACUGUAAUUCUUGCACCAAGAUGAGAAACCUAAAGGACAGUGGCGCCACCUGCAGUCUAAUUGACAGUUCAAACGCAACUUGCGACGCGUCCUUCUAUCACAGUAAACUACUAGCUACUCUACAGAUAUUGCAGAAUAAAGAGGAAACUAUAGGAGUGCAGGCGGACAGUUUAGCAGUGGCCGAGGAACGCAUCGCUACGCUCACAGACCGCGCUAAUGAACUGAAGAAGGAGCUUGACAGGAAGACCAAGGAGAAUCAGACUCUGCGCAAGAUUGCAGACUGCUGCAAGGUUGUGAAGCAUGACGUGUGUGUCGUCACAGACAGGCCGAUGGAAGAUCAGAGAGCAAUAGUGACCACUUUGGAGAACAACUUGAGUGUCAUAGAGGAACUUUACAGGGAAUGCUUUUACGAGACUGCGAAACAGGAGAACUUAAUAGAAAUGCUUCGUAGUUCGUACUUGGAUGUGCGCCUCAUGGAGAAACAGAAAGCAGAUCAAAUCGGGCAUCUACAGACUGUGAUAGAUAAGCAGAAAUGGUCGAUAGAUAGAUACCAAGACAUUGCAUCAGAAGUGGAUGGUUUGAAGACGGAGAUAUCGAACUUUUUGAACAGUACCACGUCGACCUCGACGAACCACGACUCGGGUAUGUGGGAGCGUAGUGAGGACUCGUUGACGUCAGUACCAGCCGUGCAGGACGACCUGCAGGACCUCACGGAACAACUCCUGCGUCUGCAGGACUUGCUCGCUGUAGGUGACGAAGGAUUAACUUACCCACAUUACAGUGACCAGCUUGAAUGCUCUUGUGGUUUGAAGGAGGAAAAUAUAAAGCUAAAGAAAGAAGCUGAGGGACUGCGUAUAAAAAUGGGCGAUCUGCAACAAAAGCUAUGUAGCUUGGAAGGCGUGCUCGCACUCAAGACCGAAGCAGACCUGAAGUACCAAGCAGAGAUGGAGAUGAAACAUCAAGAAUUAUCAAAAAUACGGGAGGAAUUGGCUCGUUCGCAAGAAGACACGUGCGAAGCUAUGUCUAUGCAGCUGAGACGCACUAAAGCGUUAUUGGAUGAGAAGACAGAAUUGAUAAACCAACUCAAACAAGAGAAUGAGUGUCAAGCGGAGAAGAUACAGAGCCUUCAGGAAGAACUGGAUAAAGCGGACAGUAUUAUAAAAGAGAACUGCAAGAUGCGCAGCGAGGUGUCGUACCUGAGCGCGCAGGUGGAGCUGUGGCGCGCGCAGCUCGAGGACUCGCAGCGACACGUGUGCGCGCUCGACCAGGAACUCGCCCGGACGCGCGCGCACACGCAGCAGAUCGACGCCUGCUACAGAGAGAAGGCGAGUGCGGUGGCGGAGCUGCAGGCGCACCUGGAGCAGGCGUACGCGCGCGGCGCCGCGCUCUGCGGGGAGUCGCGCCGCGCCGUCGGGGCCGUGCGCACGUGGAUGCGCAGGAUGAGGGACAAACACAGAGAACAAGAAGCGUUACUCAAGGAGAGGGACGCUCUGCUGGAGAUACUUCAGCGUCGCCUGGAGGAGCAACAGAGCGAGUCCCACGUGUGCCCCACCUGCGAGAAGCUGGCGCCGUGCUCCAAGUGCCAGUCCAGCAGAGACGACCGCAGCUUCACAUCCAAGCCCAGGAGCCCGCCCUGCUGCAGCGCCAGUCCCAGCGAGAUGCCGAGCUGUUCCUCCACUCCUCCGGCAUGUCGAGUGUCGAGGAACAAAGAGGCCGCUGCUAAGCGCUGCAAGGCGUGGAUGUGUGACACGUCCGUCCAACUGCCGGAGCGGCGCGAGUCGGGCAGCGACGCCCCCCCGCGGGCCGCGUGCUGCGGGCUGCGGGGCGCGCGCCACGUGCGGCUGAGCCGCGCUACGCUGCAGCUGCAGCCGGGCCCCGCCAGCCCGCGCCGCUCCCCGCGCCAGCUGCAGGCCGCCAGCCCCAGCGCGAGCUGUGCACCCGUGAAGAUGCCAUGCGUGGGGCCAAGUUCAAGCUGUGCGCCCGUAGAGUUGCCCUGCGCGGGCCCCAGUUCCAGUUGUGCGCCCCUGCAGCUGAAAUGUGCGGGCUCUAGCCCCAGCCGCGCGUCCCCGAGCCCCGGGCGCCGGGCCUCACAGCUGCAGAGCCCCGACUGCGAGUGCCAGUCCCCGGGCGUGGCGCGGCGCUGCCCGGGGCGCGCGGUGUCGCCGACGGAGGAGCUGCUGCAGCGCGUGGAGCAGCUGUCGGACGCGCUGGCCGACGGCAGCCGCCGCUGGGGGCGGGGGCGGGGGGCCGCCGCCGUCUGACUCGACUCGAGGAUU